AUGGCGUCCCGCAAGGAAGGCACUGGACCAGCAGCCACCUCCUCCACCUCUACGACCGGCGCUGGAGGGAAGGGCAAAGGCAAAAGCGGCUCCGGAGACUCGGCUGUGAAACAAGUGCAGAUCGAUGGCCUGGUGGUAUUAAAAAUAAUCAAGCAUUAUCAAGAAGAAGGCCAAGGAACUGAAGUUGUCCAAGGAGUGCUUCUGGGCCUGGUUGUAGAAGAUCGGCUUGAAAUUACCAACUGCUUUCCUUUCCCCCAACACACGGAGGAUGAUGCAGAUUUUGAUGAAGUCCAGUACCAGAUGGAAAUGAUGCGGAGCCUUCGCCACGUGAACAUCGAUCACCUCCACGUGGGUUGGUACCAGUCCACGUUCUAUGGCUCGUUCGUCACACGGGCGCUCCUGGACUCGCAGUUCAGUUACCAGCACGCCAUCGAGGAGUCCGUGGUGCUCAUUUACGAUCCCAUAAAAACUGCCCAAGGAUCUCUUUCGCUGAAGGCAUACAGACUGACUCCUAAACUGAUGGAAGUUUGUAAAGAAAAGGAUUUUUCUCCUGAAGCAUUGAAAAAGGCAACUAUCACCUUUGAGCACAUGUUUGAAGAGGUGCCGAUCGUAAUAAAGAAUUCACAUCUGAUCAACGUUCUCAUGUGGGAACUUGAGAAGAAAUCGGCCGUUGCAGAUAAACAUGAAUUGCUCAGCCUUGCGAGCAGUCAUUUGGGGAAGAAUCUACAGUUGCUGAUGGACAGAGUGGAUGAAAUGAGCCAGGACAUAGUUAAAUAUAACACGUACAUGAGGAACACCAGCAAGCAGCAGCAGCAGAAACACCAGUACCAGCAGCGGCGCCAGCAGGAGAAUAUGCAGCGUCAGAGCCGAGGAGAGCCGCCGCUCCCUGAGGAGGACUUGUCCAAACUCUUCAAACCCCCGCAAGCCCCGGCCAGGAUGGACUCGCUGCUCAUUGCAGGUACUGUGUUAUCCCGAGCGAGACGCGCCACGUCCUGAUCCCCUUGAGGGGUUGAAGGCUGCCUGCAUUACAGGCAGAAAAAGACAAAGAGCUCAAUUGUUUACAGUGGUAGAAUGAUGAAUUC